AUGGAUUUCUAUAAGGAAUAUCCAUUAAAAUGCAAGGAUUUGGAUUAAGUUUAUAACUUUAAAAUGUUUACCAAAUCAACAAACGAGCAUCUUUACGAAACUCAAUUGAUCAAGAAAGAUGUAGAUUUAAUUGAGGUGAAGCGAAAACUUAUUCAAGUCAAAUUAAAGUUUCAUUCAACCUGUUUUACUGUAUUAUCCAUAUUUAUGAGCCAUAAUUGGCUAGAUGGCGAAGAUUCUAAGUCCUUGAUUUUUAUAGGAAACAAGAAACAAAAUAUAAGAAAAAUCAAAAUUUUGAAUGGAAAGAACUUGGAAAAUCCUUAAGAUUUUAUCUUAGGAAAUAUAGAUUUUAAAAAAUUUUCUCAACCAAAGCAAUAGCCUAAAUCAAAACAAGCUUCGAUUUUAUAUGGAAAAAUGUACAAUGAUCUUUUUCUUCUAAACCUUCAAAAUCUAGACUUGGUUCAUCCAUUCAAGCCCAUUAAUGAUUAAAUCUGCAGUAACUUUAUUAUCUAUCGCAAACCUUUUGAGAAAAUCAAUGAAAAAUUUUAAUAAAUCAAUGAGUUUAAUGAAUAUUAAGUUGAUUAUGCAAAAAACACAGACUUUGUAUUUGUAUAUUUUGAUGAAAGUAUAGUAUAUGAAGAAGAUUAAAGAAAACAUUUUCAAUAUAUUUAAAAGCUAGAGUUUAAUUGUGAUAUUUGA